AUGAAGCGCAAGCAUGAGGAUGGUCUUCAGGAGCUUCGAAAGCGCGCGGGAGAGCUGGUGGCGAGUGCCAGCUUGGAGAAUGGAACUGUCAAGGACUCGUAUAAGAAGCUGAUCGCAGAGUUUCUAGAGGCUGGAGGGCCCCCGGAUGAUGUGAUUGUCAAAAUUGGUCAGCAAUUCUUUGGAUGUCCAGUUGCAAAGGCCAACCAAGGACCUUUGCAGGCCAUGCAUGUGGAAGGGGCGAAGCGCCUCGACUUCGACUACUUGGAGAAGUUCAUGGUUGAUUGCUUUUUAGCAGCAGGAUGCCCUGAGAAGGAAUCCAAGAUCUCUGCCUCGGUCCUGAUCGAGGCGGACAAGCGUGGCAUUGACAGCCACGGCAUAGGCAGAUUGAAGACCAUCUACUUAGACCGCAUCAAGAAUGGGAUCUUGAAGCCGUAUGCACCCAUUGAGAUCGUGAAGGAGACGGCGACUACAGCAAUGGUGGAUGCCAACAUGGGGAUGGGCCUCUAUGUGGGCCCUUAUUGCAUGGAGUUGGCCAUUGCAAAGGCCAAAAAGAGCGGAUUGGGUUUCGUCGCGUGCCGCAACAGCACCCACUAUGGCAUCGCCGGCUACUACACCUCCAUGGCCUGUGAGAAGGGUUGCGUGGGCUUCGCCGGGACGAAUGCACGACCCUCCAUUGCGCCGACCUUCGGUGUGGAGCCCUGCAUGGGAACCAACCCUUUGUGCUUUGGCAUUCCUACAGAUGAGCCCUUCCCCUUCGUCAUCGACUGCGCAACCUCCAUUUGCCAGCGUGGCAAGGUAGAGAAGUAUGCUCGCUUGGGACUGCCCACGCCCAAGGGCAUGGUCAUUGACAAGAAUGGCGAAGAGCGCACAGACACUGAAGGGAUCCUGAAAGGUAUGGUGAAGGGUGAGUGCGCUUUGUGCCCCAUUGGAGGUGUGGGAGAUGAGCUCGGUGGCUACAAAGGCUACUCCUGGUCCGUGGUCGUGGAGCUCCUCAGCAUCGCCUUCCAGAACGGAGACUUUGGCGAGAAGCUCACGGGUGUGGACGCACAAGGAAAGCCUGCCCCGAUGUCCUUGGGGCAUUUCUUUUUGGCGAUCGACGUGGAAGCCAUUUGUGACCUUGAGGUCUUCAAGAAGAAGUCGGGCGACUUCCUCCGCUGGGUGCGCAGCACCGGGAAGGACCCCAAUGGCCCGGGAAGGAUUUGGACCGCGGGCGAGGCGGAGAACGACUUCCGACAGAAGCGGAUGUCCGAAGGUGGUGUGAUGGUGCCGCCUGCCUUGCUCAAAGAAAUGACGAUGCUACGAGAAGACCUUCCGGCGAUAAAGGAGAAGUAUCCCAAAUUUUGUUUCGAGUGA